GCUAUUUCCCCGAUGUGCAAUAGAGUUCUGCACGUUAACAACAUAAAGUUCUGUAUGCAGUGACAUGGAUCAUGGGGUAAGUCUAAAGCUGCUUCGCAGCGCACUUGGCGCAAGUCAAGACGAUAUCAUGAAAGUAAUAAUAGAGCAAAUCCGACUCGGUGAGAUGUACACUACUAUCGGUGAACGCCAUUUCAAGUCUUCAAACUGAAGACGUUCAUUGUAUCGUCGCAAUGCUAUGGGUGAUACUUCGUUUUUGUCACCAGCCCCAACGCCCCCCUUGCAAAUCUGCUGGUUUCAGACUAAUUAGGCCCGUAUUAUUUUUGUAAUAAUAAUUAUCAACUCAGUGAUAUUAUCUUGCUAGGGCUUUUUGUACCCCAUUGGGAAGGAUUAUUUUGCACUUCAUUGCUCCACAUGUUUGUGUAAAGAUGUAAUCCCACUCCUUGAUUAAUCUGGUUCUAGAGAUAGUGCCACUAUUCCCUGCUCACACAGCUACGCUACCAACUCCUGUUCACUCCUGUUUCCUCUCCAUUCACCUUCUGUUCCCUCCUGUUUCCUCUCCAUCCAGCUACCAACUCCCACCCUCGCUUGUUCAUGUCCAGCAUCAUUCCCACAUCGGUUCUUGACAAUGACAACCUUCUGGUAGAAAUCCUUACUAGGCUAUCAUGCACUCGUUCACUUAUUCGCAGCUCAGCUGUUAAUCCCCAAUGGAUGUCUGUAUCUAGAUCUCAGUCUUUCCUUCAGGCAUAUUCUCGUCGCAAUCGCCCGGCAGUGCUCGGAUUCUUGGCAGAGUUCGAGCGUGGUUAUAGUCUCCAUUUUCGUGUUGUGGAUGCAUUAGCUUUUCAAGGUGAGUCGACUAGAGCUCUGCUUCGUUCCCGUAUAGAUGAUUAUUCCCUAUCACAGAAACGCAUACUAGCAUCUGAAUCUGGUGAGCUGCUAGUAAGUAUUAUCAACCCUCCCUUCGUUUCCUCUGAAACGGGCGAGACUGUCGUCGAUGGCUACUACACCUUGUUCCCUAGCUCGUUUCCACCAGUAUACUACUUGGUUGCGUCUCGUAUCCCUCGAGUCCCUCGCAUGCAUGGCCAGCACAGCCCAAACUUUUACGGCCAAUUUGGCAUUCUGCCAGCAGCCGGCCAGAUCGGGUUCUCUUUCUUUGUCAAGGACGCAGCCGGCCCUUUUCUGAAAACAUACGAUGGUAUUAAAUUCAGGUCUAAAUCUGAUUUCCACGUAUAUGUAUGUGUUUUCAGAGGUGGUGUUUGGUCAAGAUUUGUGUCGGCUCCUUUUGAAUAUCGUUCUCCUUGCAUCUUUCACUUAGAUCCUUACUCCGUUUUAGCCGGGAGCUCAUUAUACAUGAUGUAUGUCGUGGGCAUGAUCAUCUGUUUCGACAUUCCUAGCUCUACGUUCACUGUUGUCCAUCUACCAAUAUCAGCCAGAUCCUGUUUUGACUACAGUGUUUCCCUAAACGAGUCUGGCAUCUUGUCUCUUGUUAACUGUUCACAUGGCUUGCUCAAUACGUGGCUGCUUCAACUAGUACACGGCCGCUUGCAGUGGAGCUGUUGCUCAAGAUUAGAUUUAGUAAAGGCAUUUUCUAGCAGGGGUGGACCUACCAUAUGGCAGUCUGCAUUUGGCAUGGAGUACGGGGAGGUUGGCCCUGGUGAUUUCUACUCCGUUCAGAUCAGAUCAGCCAGCAAGAACUCAUCAGUUGUUCUGCUAACCUUCGCAUUCGACCAUGGCAUGUUUGUCGUGGACACUGUUAACGACACUGUUAAUGAGGUUCACUGGUUGCCCGAGGAUGGAGACAUGAGGCAAGCAUUCCCCUUGACGGAGCGUUGGCCACCGACUUUCCGUGACUGAAGACUCCGCCACUGUUUGUUCAACAACUAUCAUGGUCCAACCAUUAUGUUGUGUAUGUAAUGGGAUCCUUGUGUCCAUGAUACUAUUGUAUUGCAUUUGUAAUGAACUCGUUGUGUCCAUGAGACUAUGAUUUUGCAUUCCCCCCUGCUUGUAACAGAUGAACAAUUGAGGAACCAUAAUCUAUGUAUCGGUUUUUCACUUCGCCUCA